CUUCCUCUCGCCUUGUAUCCCUCCCCGCGCGGUUCGGUUCCCCACCCCGCCGCACAUCGUUCUGCCUAGCUAAUGCUCGCGACCACCAUGGCUCAGCCUUUUUUUCCGCCCGUCACCAACUUUCCAAUAAAUAAAAAGAAGAAUCUUGGGUUUUGCAAGCUGCUAUUCGAGACACCAUCCGGCUUCGCAAUUUUCACUUUUGAUAUGCGCUACCUCCACAAAGAUAUUGAGGACACCUGGACCUACUUCGUGGGCAACUAUUGGCACUUACUUUUCCUCAAGAUGCACGCUUUCCGUAGGUUCGAGGAUAAGUCUGAUGCCAUCAACCUCUCCACCAGGCGAGUAGGCCCCCGAAUGAUCUCACUGAUCUGCAAGUACUGCCUCCCUGGAGAACUAAUCAUUGUUGGAAGCCUCGAAUAUAAAUUAAUUCUCCAAGAGAAUAUGAGGCGCGCCUGUUCGUACAAUGACAUAGUGAGGGAGAUUAUGUGGGGUAUGCAGAAUCUCAUGCCUCUUUUAAUCCCUCAAGAACAAUCUGUGUUCACAAAAGCGGACCGGCUCCCCAUAUGCAAAGGAUUGGAUAUGCUUUUAUCUCGACACGGCAUUGAUAAUGUCAAGCAAGAGUGGAUUAAUGAAGAUAUUCUUCAGCUGGCUCUCAAGGUGUAUCAUGUUGAUUUACGUGAAAAUGAACAUUCAAAAUUCUUGCGCAGAAGUCUUGGUCUUGAUAAGCAUCUGAAGGCCAUUUCUGGAUUUGAUGCAAAGGAUUGGGAUUUAGUCAAACUUGCAACAGUGCUGAAGACAAUGGUCGAUCCUGAUGAUACACGUCUUCCAAUUGCCAAAGCUUUCGAGAUGUUCUCGCGUGAGGAGGCUAAAUUGAUCGAGCUUGAUGCACCUAAAUAUGAAGAUCUGUUAGACAGGGACACAAUCUCAGAAAUCUAUGAUGACAUUGUUGCUUUCCGUGAAUACGUGGACAAAGUGCUGUUGAAAUUGCGCCACUUGCUUAAGAAGGCUGAAGCAGCAGUGGAAACUGAAGAUGUGCUGGAGAAAGCUGCAACAAAUGGUGUUGACUCCAUGAAGCAAGUUGACCAUACAUGUUUAGCAGUGGACCUGGAAGUACGCAACCAACAAUGUAAUAUCACAGGUGAUGUAGAAAUCUUGCCGCCCAGUAAUAGUGCAGAUGCAGAUGGUGUAGAAAUCUUGCCACCCAGUAAAAAAGUGUAGAAGGAAUGAUGCAGGAAAAUGAAACUGAGAAUGCUAGUUUGGAGAAGCAGAGGAAUGCAAUUCUGGAUGGAGUCGCAAGCUGAGAACAUUAGUGUAGAGAACACUUCUUUUCUUAAGAUAAAAGUUUAAGAAGGGAAGUGGACUGAAGGCAUUAGUACCCAGGAUGCAGAUGAUGGUGAAGAACAGAGACAUACACACAAUUGUUGUUUCACGAGCUUUUGGUGUUCUAAAAGUUCGUUUUGCAAUUUGAAGUACGAAAGGAAUUCUGUGUCCAUAUAAAAAACAAGUCAAAAUUGCUAUGCUUGUUACAUUACUUGUAACUUAGGAAGGUUAAUCCGCCUUUGUUUAGAAAGGGUUGAUCAGCUUGAUGAGU